AGAAAAAUACUAGAUAUUUUAGUAGCACGGUCGGGCUGUUUAUUCUAACCUUUAGUUAUGAAUUUUUAACAAUCAGGUAAAAUGAGUGACUUCGAAUACGAAUCCGACGACUGCGAUUCAGACUCUAUAGUCUAUGAUUCGGAUGAGGAGAGCGGCAUGCCCAAAAAAGCGUUCCACAUCCAAAUACCUGAUGAUUUCGAUCCGAAUUCCAUUCCGACAAACGGCGAGGAAUAUUUACAACAUGUCAUGUAUGAAAGGCUCACGAAAUGCGAGGAACUAAAAACAUCAGACAUCAGACAGGAAGAAUUCCAAAAAAAUGUAAAUUUUGGAUAUGUUGAGAUUCCAACUGUUGCACCGCCAGACAAACAGUAUCUGCCAACGGCAGAAUGGAAAAAGGAAAAACUAGAAGAGUUUCUGAAGCUGAGGGAAUCCCUGGAGGACAAAUACGAUUCAGAUGACUGGAUUAGCGGUUUUAAACAAUCAGAAUUCGUGCACAUGUUCCGAAUCCAGCCGCCUAAAUUGUCGUACAUAAUAAAGGUUCAUCAAAACACCAAAAUCAAAAUGCUGUCUGUCAUCUCGAGUUACUUGGAUAAUUACAGCAAAGAAUUGAAUCCGAACGUGGGUGCUUGGAUUUUGGCAAUAUUAUCGCUUCUGGUUAUGCCAAUGAUGCCAAAACACUACAACGUUGUCAGGGAAUUGGCGAAAAAAUGCGCCGCUAUUAGACUGAGACUUCCUGAAAAGGCACCGAAGGAGUGGUACAUUCCAUACAACUAUUUUGUGUGCAUUGUCUCCACGUUCUUCCGACAAGCAGAUCUUGCAGAUCCUGUUUAAAUUAUUUAUUAAUUGUUAAUAUUAUUUGAUAAAUAUUGUAAUAAUGCAUAUGGAGGCGCUGAUUGUAAUUAUAAUAAAGUGAUAAUGAACAGA